AUGAUUCUAGCCGCUUUGGGUGGAACGACAAUCAGUAUUGCUUUCUUCAAUUUUGCUGGAUUGACGGUAUCCAAAAACCUGUCAGCUACAACCAGAACUGUGCUUGAUAGCGUUCGAGUGAUAUUGAUUUGGGCAGCCGAAAUGCCACUUUUUGGGCAAAAAUUUAUCCCCUUACAGUUGAUCGGCUUCGCUCUUCUAAUUGCCGGCAUGUUUGUAUAUAACGACCUCGUUUUCGGACCAUGGUUCCGCCGAAGAGUUCUACCUAAGAUGGACACCUCACAGUGUCUUACUAAGUGA